AAUGCCCCCAUCCCUGACCGCUGGAGCGUGUGAAAUCCAGGCCCCUCUCUUCCUAAGGCGCUGAACCAAGCGCCCCUUCUCCAUGGGACCCUCCUUCUAGGCAGGAGGCCUGUGAAUCGCCGACCCCCGGAGCCUGGCGUUGGCUCUCAGCUGCUCGCCUCCCCUUCCCAGCUAGCGGCGCUGCCGCCCGGCCCCCUCCUCGCCGCGUCCAAAGAGCUGCAAGUGGAACACGCUGCAACAACCUCGCCGAGUCCCCACCCGGCCCCUGCCCCGGGCUGCCCCACGGCCGGGGCAGGGCUUUAUAUGCCGCCUGCCUGGCGAGGCGGCGCAGCCUUCGCUGCUGCCACCUCCCCUGCUGCUGCCACCGCGGCGGCACCAGCCUGUCUGGGGGCACGCGAGCCGGCGGCCUUUGCAGGAGCGCCUGGCUCCGGGUCCAGCGCCGAGCCCCCGCCCCCUCGCCCGGCCGGAUCAGCUCCGGCUGCGCCCAGCCCAGCGCGUCCCGCUCCCUCCCCCCUUCCCGCUCCAGCUGAUCCAGCCCCGCACCGGCCGCCUGCGCCUUCACAACUGCACCGAUUCAACAAGAUGGCGGGAUCCGUGGCGAAGAGGGACGCGCUGAAAAUAGAGGACGGGCAUUUAAACAACUCCUUGGGAUCCCCAGUGCAAGCAGAUGUGUAUUUUCCACGGCUGAUUGUCCCAUUUUGUGGACACAUCAAAGGAGGAAUGAGGCCAGGAAAGAAGAUCUUAGUUAUGGGCAUGGUGGAUCUCAAUCCCGAGAGCUUUGACAUCAGUCUGACAUGUGGGGAAUCAGAAGAUCCUCCUGCGGAUGUAGCCAUUGAACUGAAAGCUGUAUUUACAGACAAACAGUUCCUCAGAAACGCUUGUGUAUCUGGCGAAUGGGGCGAAGAACAAUCAUCAAUUCCUUACUUUCCAUUUAUUCCAGACCAGCCAUUUAGGGUUGAAAUACUUUGUGAGCACCCACGUUUUAGAGUAUUUGUGGAUGGACAUCAGCUUUUUGAUUUUUACCAUCGUAUUGAAACACUGUCAGCAAUUGACACAAUAAAGAUAAAUGGAGAUCUUCGUCUUACUAAACUCGGCUGACCUAGUGAAAACUGUAGAUUCCAAACUGGCUCAGGUGCCAUCUUCUAUCUGGAAGAUCAGUGACAGCUGCAUUUGGACACAACUAUCAUAGGCAAGCUUCACUGUUUCUUUCCUGUGUGCAGUAAAGAAUAUGUUGAUAAAUUGAACUGAUAUUUAUCCUACUGAAGAAAGCUGUUGAUUUAUAGACACUGAGCCAUUUUUCUUCAAACAGACUAGCCCCUCCAUGCAGGAUAAUCAAAUUAGAAUGGAUUCAGAAAGAUUUACAGUCUUGUCAUAAGUUGCAGCAGCUAUUAACCUUCUCAGAGAGAGGCAAUUUCUGAAACAAGUGCUAAAGCCAGCUAUUGAUCAGCGAUUAAACAAAAACAUUUAUUUGCCAAUAGUUUCUGCACUGAAGUGGAUUAGUGUAGCACAGCACAGGGCCAAAUGCUGACAUCCUUAUCCAGGGCCUGAUCCUGUCUCCAUUUUAAUCAAUGGCAAAACUCCCAUUGACUUCAGUGGGUCAUGACUCAUGAUCAAAAACUUUCAGUCCUUCAGUUGAGCACAAUUCUCAUUGAUUUCUAUGAGUUUUGCUGAAGAAAGGGGAGAGCCUCAGCUGAUGUUAAUCAGCAUAGUUCCAUUAACUUCAGUGGAAUUAGGCUGAUUUAUGCCAGCGGAAGAUUUGGCCCACGAACUGUGCAAAAACUGAGUAAGGGCUUCAGGAUUUGGCUUGUAUAUUUUAGUCAGGGUAUUUGUCUAGAAUGUAGAUUGUUACAAGUUUUUGCACAAUGGAACAUUAAUACAGUUUUUGACGCUUACCUGUAGUUUAUUUAUUUAUACUCAUCUCUGUAUGUAUUCUUAGUAAAACUGAACAAUUUUACUGACAGUUAAGACCAACAAAGUAUAAGUAUUUUGAAUGUACAAAUGUCUUAGAUUCUUUGGGUAAACUUGACAUAUCAUUAUUGAAGCACUACAGGUGUCUUGCUGAAUGAUCGGUUACGUUCUAGACCCAGAAAGGUAGGGGGUCUGCUCGUGUAUUCACUAUAGACUGUUUUUCAGGACUUUAUAACUUUGCUGUAAAUGUUAAGUCUGAGCUAAAGCGAUUUAAAAAAAAAUCUUAUAUAGAAGGUUUGUAGGUUUAGUUGUGCUUUUUGAAACUUAGCCUGCAGAAUUUAAUUCUGUUCUCAUCAGUUCAUUAUGGGCACUAGCCUUUUGGGGGUAAGUGGGAAAUUCUCUGCUCGCAUAGAAGGGCAGAAUUUGGUCUUUGGUAUUAAAAUUUAAAAUAGUGUGUGGACAGCCAAGUUAUUAGCACUUGAAAAUCAGCCACUGCACAUGAAUAACUUUCCCAAAGCUUUUUAAAUAAUAGGUAUAGCUCUCUAAACACUGUAACUGCUCUACACUAUGAAUGAACACAGUAACUUUUCAUAGUUUCUUUAGGACUUCAUACACUCUUCCUUGGAUGUACACAAUGGACUACAACAAGUCUUUUUGAGAUAUUCUAGUCCGUGAAAUAAACAUUUAUUUAGACAAUUUAUAAAAAUGUAUUAUAGGGACUUUUUAAGACCUGUAUUUUGAAGCCUUUUUUUUUGUAGCACAAAAAAAAAAGGAAAGAACAAUCUCUGAACUAUGUUAAAUGUAUGAAAAAGAUCUGGUUUAAGCCAACCAAAACUGAAACAUCCAGAGUUAAGGAUAGAACACCAAUUGUCAGUCAGUUCAUUUUGCCCUCACUUUGAGCUAAUCUGGCCCUGAAUCAGGAAGCCUUAGACAGUGAGCUAAAAUUCCAACUAUGGCCUUGAUCCAAAGCUUAUUAAAAUCAGUGGGAGUCCUUCUGUUGACUUCAGUGGCCUUUGGAUGAGGCUCCAGAUGAGCUAGAAACAUAGAGGCCUGAUUCGUAUCUCACUUACUUUUAAUUUACAUUAGUGUAACUCGAUUAAAGUCUGUGGAGUUUUGCUGAUGCAAGUGAGAUCAGAAUUGGGCCCCUAGCCAUACAGUGCAAAUUAAAGAUGGAGUUUUAGCCUUAUCUUUGAAUGUCUGUGAUUUCUCCCCUCCCCGUCCCCCCCAUUUAAACCAGAGCCUAAAUGUUAUUUUCAGGUGAUUUUUCUGGUGUGUGACUUUAUAUGUAAAUUGGACUCUGUUUGUACUGCAGGUUGAUUCUUGAUAUGAAAUGUUCCUGUCUUGCUUUGUUUUUAUCAAUUUUACAUGAUACAUAAGUAAUGAAAUGACUGUGUCAUUUUCAAAUGUGUUAAGAAUGCUGGCCGUGUUUCAAUACAAAAAUAUAUUCUUAAAAAUAAAAUCUUAGGAAAAGAAGCUUUUACAUGAAACCUCUGGGUUAUUCUCCAGCUUUGAAACAGUUUACAGUUGCCAGGCAGAUGCAGGUAGAAGAUGAAUUAUGUUUAGGAAGAUACAUUAGUAGCCAACUGGUCCAGCAUUUUCUCAAUCUUGAACAUUUAGGGGCAGGCUCUUGGGUGUGGUGCUACUUCUUUGUGCCAUAUCACCAGCAGAAUCCAGUCAUAAUGCUCAUGUAACUGGCCCAAGAAGGCUAUCGCCAAAGAAAGAAUAAUCCCUCAGAGCACAGAGCCAGUGUAGGUGCUCUUAUGCCACUUCCUGUCCCCCCUGUUUGUAUAGCUGGGGCAAGAGGCUUGGCUGGGCUAUCACUCUGCUAAGCUGAUCUCUGACUGCAUUUUCUGCCCCUUGGGACUGUUUGCCGCUGGUAUAAGUUUUAUAGCAGUCCCCAGAUUGCUGCAACCCAGCACUAGCCCUGUACAGACCAGCAGCAGGACCAGAGAGUGCAAAGGUGAACUUUAAGCACAUGUCCCUGACAGGUGCUCUGUGUGGCCCAUCAGCGACCCCAUGAUGUGGCCCAUCCAAUUCUCCCACCCUUAUAUGGCUCUUAAUGCUAUACCAGUCCUUAUAAGCUACUGUUUUAUGGCUCUCCACUGCAUUCAAGUCCCUCUUUACAACACAUAAUACUUGUCUGUCCCACGAAAAGGCUUAUAGGGCCUGAUUCCAGUCUUGCCUAGUAUAAUUCCAUUGACUUCAAUGGCUAGCCUCCUGAUUUACCCUGGUAUGAAUUUAGAAGCAGGCCCAGAGAAAGGGAAGAUCAUAAACACAUUUAUAGUAUGUUUGGACUUAGCUUAACAUAAAGAUCUGCAGCCUUGGAUGCGGAGGAAACCUGCAGAAAGUCCUGGUUACAGCUUCCAUGCCCAUUCGUCUCUUCAGUAGAUUCUUGGAAGCCUUUUCAUUUUUUGCCAUUGAGCAGUUCCAGGCUAUAAAGAAUCAAGAUGGCAUGUACGUAAGGGCCAGCUUCUGAUUUCCUGGACACUGGCUUUAUACCAGCUAACUCCGUUGAGGAGCAACUCUUAACUAAUUGAUGUGUGGUAUAAGUCCGACAAGACUCAAGCCCUCCAUGUUUCUAUUCAGUAAGCUUUAGAACCCAACCCAUCACCAGGCCCUUAUGUGAUUGGAUAGGAAAAUGCAGAGUAUUAAUUAGAGAUGGGAUUAUGCUGCAAAGCUUAGGUCUGGAUUCAAGUUUCCCUGGAAUUUGGGGAGUAUUCAGCUCUGGGAGUUUUGUUUAACCCUACCUUUAGGAUUAGUCCAUUGGUGUGCUGGAUGAUCUAGCAUGCAGCCUCUGUGGGUCUGACUCUCAAAAAGACUCAGCACCUCCCAAUGGGAAGUUUUCCAAAGAGUUCCACUGCCAGCAGCUUGUAUUGUUCUCAAUAGGAGCUCUUGGGUGCUGAGCUGACCCACUUGGGGUGAGCAGGUUAAUAAUCUACUAGAGAAACAUUUUGCUGUAAGGUAUUUUGUAAAUUUCCCCCUAGUGCCAUCAGUUGUUAUGAUGAGAGGAACCUAAUGUUGAAUGAAUAAAGCCCCAUGUGAUUAAAUACCAAUAGGAGUAGAUGCUAUCCUCUUAACUAGUAUAGCUUUAAAAUCCACACUGUUAUGUUUGGAAUUGGCAGUGAUAAAACACAACCUGAUUUCAUUACUGUUUUUUAAAUCCAAGAAUGUUGCCUACUCAGAAACAGCCUUGAAAUACUUCAGCAUUAUGUAGAGAUAGUGUUUCUCUGAAAAUACUUCACGGAAAUGCUUUUUCUUGGCUAAGCUGCGUAAAAUGUUACAGUAUGUCUUCUUGUGUUUCUAUGUCACAGUUAAAGAUAUUUGCACUAAACUAGAAGAACAUUUUGUACUAAAUAGUCUCACGUUGUGUAGGUGAACCUCCAAAUUAUGUGGGAGAUGUUGAAUUGCCUCUCGUUUCCAUGACCCGCUUGUAAAAAAUAUGCAGUGUUACUAAACCAAUUCAGUGUAAAGUCUGCUUGAAGCAAACAUCUUACUUGAGGGCUGUUUUGAACAUACGGCGUGUGACAUGAGCGAGCGCCUGAUUCACCAUUCCGCUAUGCAAGUUUGAGGCCUUUGUAACGCCACUGAGAUCAGCGAAGCUGGUGCAACCGAAUGGAGAGGCAGGCCCAGAGAUUUUGGUGAUUACCCUUCAUAUGUAGGAGCGGGGUUGAGAUUUCAUCUUCCAUUAUUUAAAAUUGUGCGCAAGGAGGAAAUGAGAACCAUGGAGCCAUGACACUGGCUUUCUAAUGGCACAGUGGUAGCACGCUGUGUUGAAAUGCUAAUGGAGUGUGAGCUCAAAGGCAGAGUUCAAGCUCUGUCCCACAGCCACCAAAGCAUACAAGAGUGAGUGAAGGUAUGUUUGCCACAUGCUGUAAGUCCUACAUCUCCCCCAUGCCCAAAUGUCCCUGAGACUAGUUUUGGAAUUUAAGUUUGGAAGACCUGACCUUACUUAAAUUCCUAGUUUCCUUGUUUGAAACGGGGACUGAGAGUAAAUAAGAA